UGAAAGACAUAAAUAGGCGAAAGAGGACUUGGAGAUUUGCAGUCACUCGUCCCGACAGCCACAUCCACUGCUCUCCUCUCCCCUUCUCCUCACCUCCAGCCCUCCUCUCCACUCAUCAGCUGCAGCCCUUCAUUCAUCUGGAACCCUGAGCAAAAACCAGCCUUCCAUCCUCCCCCAGCCUGCCCUUAUCAUGGACACCACAAAAAACCUUCCCUCCUUCUCUGAGGCUGUCUAUCGCCUGGGAGUCAUGAUGCUGACACUGUGCCAGGGCAUUCAUUCAAUGCCUGUCCCGACUGAUGUCCCCAUGUGCACAGCCUCUGACACUGCCCAGUAUAGUCUAACAUUUACUGGCAAAUGGACCCAGGCAGCUUUCCCCAAGCAGUAUCCUGUGUACCGUCCUCCUGCACAGUGGUCAAAUCUUAUUGGAGUGACGCAUAGCUCUGACUUCCACAUGUGGCAGCGUAAUGAGUUUGCCAGCAAUGGAGUGAGAGAGUUUGCGGAGAGAGGCGAGGCCUGGACGCUCAUGAAGGAAGUGGAGACGGCCGGCGAACGCAUCCAGAGCGUUUAUGGGAUCCUCUCCGCUCCCGCUGUUGUGGGAGGCACAGGCCAGAUGAGCACCGAGUUCGAGGUCUUCGCCAGGCACUCGUAUCUGUCGUUUAUCGUGCGUAUCAUUCCAAGCCCGGACUGGUUUGUGGGUGUGGACAGUGUUGACCUGUGUGAUGGCGACCACUGGAAAGACAAUGUGUCGCUGGAGCUUUUCCCAUAUGACGCAGGAACUGACAGCGGUUUCACCUUCUCCUCCCCCAACUUUGAGACAAUCCCACAGGACAAAGUCACACAGAUCACCUCCUCCGUUCCUAGCCACCCUGCAAAUUCCUUCUUCUACCCACGCCUGAAGCACCUGCCACCCAUUGCCAAGGUCACACUGACCAAAAUAAAGAAGACCAAUCAGAUCAUCAGCCUGCCGGUGGAGCCCACACAGUCCAAUCAACUGCCAACAGGAAACGAGAUUGAAGACAAGCUCAUAAAUACCCCUCUGGACUGUGAAGUGUCCGUGUGGUCUCCCUGGGGCUUGUGCAAGGGCAAGUGUGGAGGCUCAGGUGUGCAGCACCGCACCCGCUACAUCCUAAUGCACCCAGCUAACAAUGGAGCAGCCUGCCCCCUGCUGGAGGAAGAGAGGAAGUGCUUCCAGGACAACUGUUUAUGACUAGGCCAGGAGAGGAGGGAGAAGAAAGAGAGGAAGGAGAAGAGAGAGAAGAAAGAGAGGAAAGCCAGGAGAGGGAGGAAGGGACGAAGACGGACAAAGAACAGCAAAAGGUCUGCGAUAUAUUCACAGGAGGCAUAACUAUGACGAACUAGAUUCCGUCUCUCCUCCCUGACCUUUCUGUGGAAUUGACUCAUAUACUGAUAGAUUGUUUGACUGUUAAAUUGGGAGAGUCUGACUGCGAAAUAAAAAAAAUUCUUGUCUUCCAAGUCACGCUGAUAGAUCUGACAGUACGAGAGAGGUGUAGUUUGGCAGAAUAGCUAUUAGACACCAAUUCUGUUUUGGCAGAUUAUCAAAACUGUCUGGAGAUAGAACAAUGCUGUUUUGAACAUAGCCAUAAACCGAAAACACAUGUUCGCACUGUAAUUGGGUUUGGUCAAAGAUCACAGACAUUUAUUUGCCCGCAUUGGAUUAUAAUUCCCAUUAGCUUUCAUCUAGAGGAUUUGGAGAUAAAUCCAAAUAAAUUUCAUGUAAGUUCUAGAAUCUCUAUAGCCAAGAGACACUUAACAGAAACUCCAAACAAUAUCAGACUGGGAAUUGAAAAAAACAUGAUGCCUCAGUAUUUCCAUGAGCAGAAGUAGCGACAUGUACAGUCUCCUAAACAAUGCCGCAUUAAAGAACAUGUUUACAGACACAUUGCGGUUGUUUUCCUGAAGAAAAAGAAUAUAUUUAUUGACAGGAUUUUAACCUGUAGUGUACAGUAUAUUAAAUCUGAAAGUAAAAAUGUGUAUUCCUUUAUGUUAUUGAGACAUUAAUGCAACACAGAAAAUAUGUGUUUUGUGAAAAAUUUUAAAAAUACUAAAAAUGUACAAAAAAUGUACGUAUGUUUUCUGUAACUGUUUUCUGUAAGGCUCAAUAAAAUGUUAAUAUAUCUAAA